AAUUUGUACAGUGGGGAAAGAGCGAGAACAAAACAACAACGGAUCCAGCACUUUCUAAAGAAAACAUCGUUAGAUGUAGAUUGAUUUGGACGAACUACAGCUGCACACUAUGUCUGAACACAAAGGGUACUCACCCAGCUUCAAGCGACCUGCUGAAAUUUUGCGAAUGAGGCGGAAAAGAGCCCGAAGCGACACCGCCGUUUCCUCUGGCCGAACUGGCUGCACCGGACAGAGUAGUUCAUCUCCGAUGUACGUACGGCCUUUCUCCCCAGGUCCACUCUUUACCGCCCAAAACCAUUCCGGAGUUGGAACAAAACGCAGGAACCCGUUCGCAAAUAUAGAAAAUACUCAUAGUCCCAAAAAGAAACUAAUCAUUUUUAACAAUGCCAGUGGUAAUACCGAAAUUGCGGAUAGCUCCGGGAUAAUGAGGACAACCAAACAUCACGGAGAUGACAACUCUACAAGGAGGGAAUACCAGGGAGAUCGUGCCCUCGGUUUUAAGCUGGCUGAGGCAGAAAAACAGGAACACCUACAAGUUUCCACCCAGCGGUCUGUCACUUUGUUUGAGGAUGACUCUCUGUUUGAAGAAGAGGAGGAGGAUGUUAAAAGCCCACUGCUGAAGAGUCCCCAGGCCAUUGUUCAAACUGACAUACCUCCUGUGUGCAACCAGUAUCCGGCAGACUGGAGCCUGAAGACUAGAGUCCUCUUCACCUCUCCACUCUCCCUUUCAUGGGCAGAGCAUCUCAAGGCCCAGGAGGAAGCUCAAGGGAUCAGCCAACAUUGCAGGGCACAGUUUAAUCCCGUGCCACACAGUCCUCAGGAUCCCAGGUCUUGCUCAGAACUACGCUGUGCUUUCCAGCAGAACCUUGUCUACUGGCAGCAUCCAUCCCUGCCCUGGCUCUCUCUAUUUCCCAGGAUCAACGCUGAGAGGAGCUUCUCUGGCAAGAGCAUCCCCUGGGCUCAGGAUGCAGCUCUGCAGCAGAGUCUCAUGAGGGAAUGGUCCAUCAGUCUGUCAUCUCUCUACACUCUAUUAAAGUCCAGACUGUGUCCAUACUUCUACCUUUGCUCUUAUCAGUUCACAGUGCUGUUCCGGGCAGCAGGUCUCGGAUCCAGCAGCAUCACGGCUUUAAUUUCUCCUACAACCAGGGGAUUAAGAGAGGCAAUGAAGGCUGAAGGUAUAGAGUUCAGUCUCCCUCUACUGGAGGAACAGAGGAAGAGCAAAGAUCCACAAAAUCUGACAAUUAGUCGAGAAGAUGAGCACAAGGAACAAGAGGAGGUGUGCUCUGAGCUGAACGAGGCUGCAAAUUAUUUGACAGCUGAUGGAGAAGAGCAUGAUGUAUACAACAGAGAUGAAGAUGGCAGUUUUUCUUGGCUGAAGGAGAUGGGAGUCCAGGACAAAAUCAAGAAGCCAGACAGCCACAUCAUACAACUUCAGAAGGAGGGUUCCAGUGUGUCUUUGGACCAUAAACCUGAGUCUGUGAUAUGUGUGGAAGGACCUCACACUUUCACUCUCAUCAACUUCUUCAUCAAUUGGAAGGGUGUGGUUGCUUCAUCUGGCUCCCAGGCAGGCUUACCACCAACACUGCUGGCUCCCAGUGCAUUUAGAGGAGCUACAAUGCACACGCUGAAGGGCCGUAGUGUGAAUGUAAGAAGUCAGAUGGGGUCUUCCUACCAAAACAUGAGCAGUUUGGAGAUCACAGGACCAGUCCUCCCAUCCUCUCUUCUUGCCAUCACAACUUUACUUCAGCCUGCACAGAAAGGAAACUUCUCAGCUGCUCUUUGUACCCAUACUCCUACUGCUGUUUUGAAUAUUAACAUCAUCAAGCAACAGGUUAGUGAGGGGUCAGAAGAACUGUCUUCUUGUGGUCUCCAUCCAGCCUCCAUCCAGCAGCUGCAGCAGCCCUCCAGCCUGGGAAAGACGGCCCUUACACACAUCACCAUGAGCAACUACAGCUACACAUGGAAGAACUAAGAGUACUAACAGUUUAUGGAACACAAACAGACAUGGUCACACAAAAUGUUUGUAUCACUUAAAGCUAACAGCUGCAUUGCUGAAAUUCACAUUAGGUUCUGCUGUUUUUCUAAAACUAUGUACACACUGGAAGUAAUUCACUGUGUCAUGGCGACAUGAGACUACAGAAAGUGAAUGACAUUUCACAAAUAUGAGCAAAAUAAGUGAAUGUCAUGCCAAGUAGAUGCAACCCAAGAUACUUUUCUCAACUUUCAGGUGAGUGCCUGAAGCAGCUACCAGUGAUAGUGAAGAAUACUGCUGAGACAUGUGACCUGGUUGUAAAUACAUGAGAGGAUUACUGGCAACUGGUCACUUGCUAACAUUCUGGACAAAUGUUGACAAGCGACCAGCUUCAAAGUGGUGUCCAACAAGCAAAUUGCUUCCAGUGCAGACAUAUCUUUAAGAUGUGUACAUACUGGAAGCAAUUUGCAGUGACAUGGUGACCAAAGAUCAUAGAAAGUGAAUGUUGGGCAACUUCAAGCGACUACAAGCGAAAUAACUGCUGGCAAUGUGAAGCGAGAAGAACUGCGAUAAAUUUCAGAAGAGCAACUGAAGGGGCAAGCAAUGAGAGUGAAGAAUACCACUGACUGAUAUAUGACCUGCUACUAAAUGCUUUAGAGGGUUACCUAAGUAACCUGACACUGGAAUGUCUGCAAGUGAUCAGGUAGUAGUAGCUUCAAAGUAUUGCGCAAGGAGCAAAUCACUUCCAGUGUGUACAAAAUGUUACCAUCUGUUUAUGCCAAGAUGCCUUUUGGGCAAAUUUUACUGCACUGCACUGUAUGACUUUUUUUUAAUUUUUUUUUUAUAACCUCUGGUUACCUCUGUCUUUCUUCUGUGAGGCUUAUCAAAGAUGAUUGCUUGAAUUUAGAAGUUUUGAGGUACUGGAAUGUAUAUGAAAUAAAUGUAUGCUCUGUUAAACCUA